AUGGCGAAACUAUCGAACGAAAAAAAAUGGCGGACAUGGACGGCAACUUCGCUGCUUCUUUUCUUGUUUGCGAUUUUCGCAGCUGUGGAAGCCGGCCUCAUCCUCGCCAUCAGGCCUGCAUACGCAAAAGGUAUCGAAUGGCCUGUUCUGCUUAUCGGAAUCGUCGCUUUUGUCAGCCUUAUCUCCGGCUAUCUUCCCGUUCCUCUUGAACUGAUAAAGCGGCGUGGACGGGUUGUUGGAAUCGACUUCAUUUUUCUCACGAUAGACUGGCUCGGGGCUUUCUUCUCGCUUCUAGCGCUUGUCGCGCAGAAUGAGUUCGACGUCCUAUUUGGUACCCUGUAUGCACUGUGCUGCACUAUCGAAAUGACCAUGGUCGCAUCCCAUUGGAUUUGGCUGUUCCGGACAAGAGCCAUGCGCAAGCGCGCGAAAGAACACGACCAAAGCUUUGACGAAUCUGAAGAAUGCAUCGAAUGGCAAUCUAAAGGCGUCGACCUCGAAGCCAUAUUAUGGAGUUUGUUCUCCAAGAAGGAUCAAGUGGAUAGAGAUGCAGGUCUUGGAUGCGACUCACCGGUUGAGCCACAUAGCGUAGUCCCAAAGACGGUGCCGAAUGCAGUACUGGCCGGAUCCGCGAUUAUGGUUUGCGCUUUACGCUCGUGGUCUGCCGGCGUGGCACUGAAGGACGAGGCAGGCAGCCUUAUCGGAAUCAGCAAAAUUGCACAAGACAGCAAGCUGUCCGUUCAUCAAAGUUUGAGGCCAGCGGACAGAUGGACCCUGAGCAGCAUGAUCGACAGUCACAAGUACACCAGGCACAUGGUGAUGGAGAUCCCAUGUCGAUCCGCUAAUGACGCGAGGAACUAA